CACAGUACCAAAAAAAAACUCGUUGCACACAACAGCAAAACACGCAACAAAAAUUAAUAUUAAUUCGAUUUAAUACAAAACGCAUUACAAUUAAAACUAAACAAUAAUUGCCAGCCAAGUGCCUCAACUGGCCGAUUGUGUGCAAACAAUGUGCAGUGGAAUAAGCAAUAGAAAUUGUUUAACAUAGGCGACACACACACAAAAAAAAAAUAUUUUUCGUAAGUGUCGCAGAAUUUACUAGUUGCUGUGUGUGCGUGCCCCACUCAUGUGUGUGUGUGACAGUACGUGCGUCUGCAUGUGUAGAUGUAGCGUGUGUGAGUGACUGACUGCAGUUUGCGUACGAUAUUUUGUUGAUUAAAAUGUAAUAAAAACGUACACUUAUUAAAAGUGUAGAAGGCAACAGCCGCGCAAAGCACAACAACAACAAAAAAUUUUGCUGCUAUACAACACUACAUUGAGUAAAGAGAAACAACAAAAAAUAGCAGCAUGUCGCGUCGUUGUGUGUGUGUGUGUCGUCGUCGUCGUCGUCUCGUCACAGUCUGUGAGUGUGUGUGUGUUCAUUAGUAUUUGUGUUAAAUAAUGUUUAAACAUUUUUUUAAUUCGCACAAACUUUAAUGCGUUGCAGUUCAGCAAAAGCUACAACGCCAGCAACCUGCCAACAACAACAAGAACAACAACAAAAGCAACUAAUGCGGUGCCCAAAAGCCAUCGUAAGCUUUAGCCGCCCCGCAAGAAGAGCAGCAGCAACAGAAAAUCAACAACAACCACAACAACAACAAAAGCGUAAAGUUAACGGGAGCAACGGCGCCAUUCGGCGCAGCUCUCAAAUUCUCAGGAGUUGCUAUUGCCGCACGCAUUAACAUUGGAUUAGUCCCCCGAACCCCAACAUUCCCCCAACUCUGAGGUACUCAUGUAGGGGCAUUAAAAGCAAUUGGAACAGCAACAACAACAUCGACAGUAACGGGACAUGGAUAUUCAUAUGAAAAAACUAACAAAACCACGGUACUGCAACUUUAAAUUUGUUACACAAACUACACACACCCAAAGCAAUAAAAAGACUUACAUGUAAUCAAAAUAACAAGAACAAAUGUAACCAAAAUCGGCAUUUAAACUGAUAAGGCUGUAAACAAAAAAAAAAAAAAAAUUCGUUCAUACAUUUUUCUACUUAAACGCAACGAACUAACAAAAUAGACACGCUUAGUGCUUCCAAAACUGUAUAAAAGGCCGGUGCCUGAACGAGAAAGAGAGAGAGAGCGAGAGAUAGAGAGAGACACACACACACACACACGCAGAGAGCACCAGCAACAGCAGCAGCUUUGACAGCGCGCAGCAAAUGACAGCGAAAAUGUUGCGGCCACACACAAGGGCAGCAACAAUAACAAGAAAGGCAAAAGAAAUUCAAGAGAGCAACAACAAACAAUACAAAUCGCCGCGACGCCGCUGCUGCCAUCACAAGGGCAAAAUCACAACGAUAACAUAGGCGCGUCAAAGCAAGAGAAAGAGAGCGAAAGAACGAGCGCGACAAACUUUUACAAACACUUUCCGUUUACCCCAAUACACACACACCCACACAUACCAAUUCACAUACAUAAACGUUUUUUUUUCUCGGUUUUUGUUGUCUCUGUGUGUGUGUUCCUUUUUUUUGCUUGUUUGCGUGUUGUGUUCGCGACGCCGGCGAAUCUAAUUAAAAAAGUAUUUGUAUGAAGCGCGCGUUAUGGCACAACAGCAACAACAACAACACCAGCAGCAGCAACACCAUCAACAGCAACAACAGCAGCUGCUGCAGCAACAACAACUACUGCAGUACAAUAACAAUUCGUUCAACCUGAAUUAUAACAUGGAGGAUCCCGAACGGCGCAAAAGACGCGAACGCGAAAAAUAUGAACGUCAACAGGGCAUUCAGAGCGACGAUCGGGAGACUAGUCUGUUUGGGGAGCCGCGUCGCCUCAAUCCCAACGAGGGUGAUCUGGAAAUAACCUCCGUCCUGGGUGAUUUCGGUCAUGCCCGGGACUAUAUGAAUGCUUCCACGGUGGGCAUUUAUAGGCAGGCGCCGGGUGCGUCAAAUGCGCGACUGCAGGCGCUGGCGAAGGGUUUUGGCAGCGCCGCCACCUCCUCCUCCUCCUCCUCAUCAUCAUCAUCAGCAUCUGCUUCCUCAUCCGCCUCGGUGCCUGGCCAGCUGCCCACAUCACAGCAGCAGCAGCAGCAGCAGCAACACUAUCAACAGCAGCAGCGGGCGCCCACCUAUCUGAAGCAGGCCGAUAAUAAGCCGCCUUAUAAUGGGCGUGGCGGAUAUCCAGGCCAGCCCAUGAAGAACGACAUACCGUCGAGUAGCGGCAUGGCGCCGCCACGUGGCCCGCCCAGAUCCUCAUCGUCGUCCUCCAACAACAGCAACAACAACAACAACUCGUCCAGCGUCACAAACAAUGCCACAGCGGCACCGACGUCAGCGUCAACGUCGUCGCCCCUCGGCCCGCCCAUGUCCACGCAAAUGCCAAAUGGCCGCGAAAAGUCCUUUCUGGGGCCACCGGCGCCGGCGCUGCCCAAUGGCGGACGUUUUGUACCGCCAUCGGCCAGCGGCAAGCGACCCAGCAGCACCGCAGGACUCCAGCCACCGCCACCAGAGAAUCAUAUUAACAAAAUAAUCACCGAAAUGACCAACAAUUAUCGCGUGACGCCGCUGACAUCGAUUGCGGCGACGCCGCACGCGCCGAUGCGCGAGAACUACAACCUGAACGGGCCCAAUAAGUUUAAAUAUGCAUUUGACGCGGUGGAUCCCAUCGGUCCCCUCAACUCCCCGCCGGCGGCUGGCGCCUCCUCGCUAAUGACGCCGCUGCUAGCGCCGAUAGCGCCGAUCACAUCGCCCAUUGCCCCGCUGCUGACGACGCCCCCGCAGGCCAGCCAGCUGCCGCUGCCACUGCCUCCCAUGGCGGGUGCCACAACGGUGCCCCCCUCCAUGGCCAUGGGCGCCGUUGCGCCCAUGCAGCAGCAGCUGACGCCGACGCCGCCGAAGGCGUCGCCCACGCCGCCAGUGAUAAAACCCCUCAAAACAGAAAAAAAUCAUUCGCUGGAAAAGCAGGACUCGUGCCUUGAGAAUGAUCUAGAGCUCUCCGAAUCCGAUGAUGAACGCAAAAAGGAUAGUCGAUCAGCUGGCAACAGCAGCAACAGUUCCGAAUCGGAUUCCAGCGAAUCGGGCAGCGAGGCCAGCAGCAAAGGUGAUCCACAGCAGCAGCAGCAGCAACAUUUGUUGCACCAGCAGCAACAACAUCAACAGCAACAGUUGCUGCUGCAGCAGCAACAGCAACAGCGCCUUGCAGCCACCGCCAAUGGCAGCAAAAAGAAAUACAGCCAAACGAUAAUUGCAAGCGGAGCGAAUACAAUCAGCGGCCUGCUCACCUCCAGCGGCCUGGGUGGACCUGGUGCCGGUCCUGGCAGUGCUGUCGGUUCGACGGGCAGCGCAGCCGGCGGCGUUGUCAGCGGCAGCGGCAGCACCGGCGGUGGCUCCAGCAGUUCCGGCAUGGGCACCAUGAGCAGCUCCAGUUCAUCGAACAAGACGCCCUCGCCAACGGACAGCAAUCGCUGGAAUCUGAGCCGCUUCUUUCCCAAGCCAACGAACCAGACGGCCGCCGAGAGCGUCUCCCCGGGCGUGGCCAAUGCCAUGGGCAAUGUGAGCAUGAAGGUGCCCGGCAUAUUGCCGGGCGGUGCACAGAUCAUACCCGAGUCCAUUGACGUGACCACGGCGAUUGUCAAGAACGAGAAGCUGCACGACGACUCGCGGCACAUGGACGACGACGAGGACGAGCAGGCAGACCAACAGCACCACCAGCAGCAGCAGCAACUGCAGCAGCAGCAGCGCUACGGCGUCGGCCUGAGCGUGACCGUCAAAAAGGAGCAGCUGGAGCAACAGCAACAGCAGCAGCAGCAAUUGCUGCUGCAACAGCAACAGCAGCUGACGGCGGAGCAGCUGGCGCUGGCCGGCGCUUUGCCAAAAAACCAAAUCAAACGCGAGUCGCGUCUGUCCGAUUCCGGCAGCGGCAGCAGCGGCAGCGGCAGCAGCAGCUCCGACAGCGCCGGCGGCAGCAGCGAGGUGUUGCCAAUGCCGGGACCAGGUGAAACCCUGCAAAUACCUGGCGUGCCGGCGGCCAUUACCACAGUGAUGCGCGUGACGCCAGCAACACAGCACAAGGCGCAGCCGAACAGCGUCACGUUGACGCCCAUCGGGCCGCUGCCGGCCUCGCCAAAGCCGCGCCAGAAGAAGCCGCGCAAGAAGAAAAUGUCGGCGGCAACGGCGCCGCCGCUGGACUCCAGCGACGAGGAUGAGCCGGCGAGCAGCAAUAAGAAGCACGCGCUCGAGCUGGCAGCAACAGCAGCAGCUGCUGCCGCCGCCGUAGCAGCAGCGGCAUCAGCGUUGCCUGUGGCAGCAGCAGCAGCAGCGGCGCCAGCCAUUAAGAAGGGGCGCGGCAGGCCACGCAAACAGGCGCAGCAACAACAAUUGCAGCUGCAACAGCAGCAGCAGCAGCAGCAAAGCGGCAACUUAAGCAGCGCCUCGGCGAGCAGCUCGCAGGCCAAGGGACCAACGCUGACGGCGGCAAAGAAGCCGCUGGCCAAAGGUGCCGCCAGCAGCAGCAGCAGCAGCGGCACGGCAGCAGCAGUUGCAGCUGGCGGCAGUCGUAAGCGUGAGCACAGCAGCAACAGCAGCUCCAAUGGCAACACGCCCACCAAAAAGCCCAAUGCAGCAAUGGCAGCAGCAGCAGCAGCUGCAGCCGCAGCAGCAGCCAUUGCUGUGCGCGCGGCCAGCAGCAGCGACGAGGAUAGCAGCAGCAGCAGCUGCAGCAGCACCAAGUCCAGCAACAGCAACAGCAGCAGCAGCGGCAGCGACACCGACAUACCAGCGACAGCAGCGCCAGCUGUAACAACAACAACAGCAGCAGCAGCAGUGGCAGCAGCACAAAAUCCCGCCAAAAAGCGUAUUGUGAAAAUUAACAAAGUGGGCGUGGCCAGCAGCAAGGCGAAGCGUCGCUUCAGCAUGGGCAACAGCAGCAACAGCAACAGCAGCAGCAGCGAAACCGAAGAGCAACAGCAACACAAGCAGCAACAGUUUUUGCUGCAGCAACAGCAGCAACAACAACAACAGCAGCAGCAGCAAAAGCAACAAUUGCAGCAGCAGCAGCAGCCGCCACAACAGCAACAAUUGCAGCAACAUCAUCAGCUGCAGCAGCAGCAGCAAUAUGCGCCCGAGCUGACGCUGCAGUCGGUCAAGCAGUCCGCGCAGCAGCGUUUGAGCAGCAGCGAUUGCAGCAGCAGCGCGAGCAGCGACAGCAGCAGCAACAGCAGCGCCAGCAGCAGCAGCGAUGAGGACGAUGCGCAUCGCAGUGGCAAGCGCAAGAGUGAUAAGAAGAAGAUAUGCACGCUGACGCGCAUCUUCAAUCCCAAAGAGGGCGGCGCCAAGAAGCAGGGUCAGGUCGUUAUCAUCGAUCAGUCCGAGGAGCAGCUGCAGCAGCAGCAGCAGCAACAGCAGCAACAACAGCAGCAGCAGCAGCAACAGCAGCAACAGCAGCAGCAGCAAGCCAAAGAGCUUAAGCCGCGUGCCACGCCCACACAGCUGCUGGGCGCAACAUUGGCAUCACCGGCGCGCACCACCACACCACACCUGACUUCGCUUAUGUGCAAAAUCGAUCUGAGCAAGCUGGCGCGUGUGCCGCCCGAAUGGUAUCAGAAUAGCUACAGACUGUACGCAGCCGAUGGCAGCCAACAACAGCAGCAGCAGCACCACCACCAGCAUCACUCGCAUUCGCACCACCACCAGCCGGAGAGACUGAAGACGCAGCAGAACGGACAUCUGAGCAGCCGUUCGGCGGAGGGCGCCCGCACGCCCAAGGAACUGCAACAGAUCUAUGCGCCCAAUGGCUAUGUGGGUGGUGGGGCGCUGGGUGGUGCAGCUGGCGUGGCGUCGGGCAACAAGCUGCUUGGCGGCGUCAAGCAUGAGCACGGCGUUAAGCCCGAGCCGGAGCUGGAUGCCGGCUAUGAGGCCAAGUAUAAGCCGAACAGCGUCAAGCAGGAGUUCAUGCUCAAGCAGGAGUUGCCCGCGCGUCGACGCAAACGCAGCUCCAGCUCCAGCUCGAGCCCCUACAAGGAGAAGAAGCGAAAAAAGGAGAAGGCCGAGCAGCUCAGCAAGGAGCUGCUGCCGGUGCCGGUGCUGCUGCCCGCCAACAAUCACGAGCGAUUAUCGCGCGACAAGCUCGAGCUGCUGCUGCAGCAGCAAGAGAACUCCGCCAAUGCCAGUCCCAACAAGCUGCAGCAGCAACACGCGCGACAAUUGCCCCUGUCCCAAUCACAGCUGCAACACCAGCAGCAGCAGCAGCAGCAGCAACAGCAACAGUCACAGUCAACAGGAACGGGCCAAACAACUGCCUCAACGACAUCAGCAACAGUUGCUACGGCAUCCACCCAACUGCCGAUUACCUGCAGCGAAGCGGUGCAAACGACGCCGCCGCCGGCGGCCCCACCACCAGCGCCGCGUCUCAUCUAUCGCUCCCACUUUGACAACGAGGAGGAGCAUGCCAUCAACGACCACAAGAAAACCGAUCUAUUGCUGCAGGAGGCAAUCAGAAGAAAGCGCGCGGCUGAUUCGGAGCGUGACUCGUUUAAUCAAAUGACGCUUUACCUGGAGGCAAUUGUCUAUUUCCUGCUAACCGCCGAUGCCAUGGAACGCGGCAACUUGAACGCCACGUGGACCAUGUACAAGGACACCCUGUCGCUAAUUAAAUACAUUUCCUCUAAGAAUCGACCGUAUCAACAGUUAACAAAUGGAAAGCACGAAUCGCACAACAUUGUGGCCAUACUCAGUUUACGCUGCCAAUCGCUGAUAUCCUUAAAGCUUUACAAAUUGCGACGUGCCAAUUGUCGCGAAACAAUAGCCAGCUGCUCGGAAUUCUUUCGCUCCGGCAGGGGGGAUAUAUUGAAUGGCAAUACGCCGUCCUCCAUAUCACCAUCGAACUCAGUGGGCUCACAGGGCUCCGGUUCGAAUACGCCGCCUGGCAAAAUAGUGCCUCAAGACAUACACAAUCAGCUAUGCAAGCAGAAUGAGUAUCUCACCUAUGUGAACAACGCUCAUGAUCUGUGGGAUCAAGCCGAUCGAUUGGUGCGCACCGGCAAUCAUAUAGACUUUAUACGCAAACUAGAUCACGAGAAUGGGCCUUUGACGCUGCAUAGCACCAUGCAUGAGGUGUUUCGGUAUGUGCAGGCGGGCCUUAAGACGCUACGCGAAGCUGUCUCGUAUCCUCAGUCUCAGUAGCGAUAACUUUAGCCUCAACAACGAGACCAACAGCAACAGCAACACCAACAACACCAACAACAACAACCGCAACAACAUUAUCAUCACCACCAAACGUGUCUAAAUGAAAGUCAGGCCAAACUAGCAACUAUUAUAAUUAUAAUUAUAAUUAUUAUAUUGUAUACUAGCAGCAGCAACAGCUAUAAAUUUAGUUGUUUAGCUUAUCAAACCUUCCAACAAACAACAACAAAAAGAACAACAACAACAACAACUUCAGCAACAUCUGCAAAAUGUUUGUUAAUAAUUUCUAGUUACGCCUUUUUAUACAUAAAGAAUAUGCACACCAUAUACUUAUUUCCUUACGCUCAGUUUUCAAUUGGUUUCUUCUUUCUUAUUAAGCAAUUUAAGCUUUAUAUUUAUGCCUAGUUUUAGUUGAUAUUACCACACAUACACACACAUUAUCAAAAUCAAGUUAUUUUAUCUAUAUAUGUUUUCUAGAUUGUAGGUAAAGAAAAAACAAUUAUGGCGCCCAAACAAACUUUAGUUGAAUUUUGUUUUCGUUUACGCAUAAAAUAAAAAUGGCUUUUUAAUAUUUAAGUUAGUUAAUUUUUCCUUGUCGUUUGCACAUAUAUCUAUGUAUCUAUAAUACAUAAAUAUAUAUUUAUAUGUAUAUAUAUACAUAUAUAUAUAUAUAUUCUCGCUGGCCAAAAUGUUAAUGCGCCUGAAAACAAAAACAAUAGCAACAAAACUCGUAAACUCUUUAUUGUAUAUAAGCAAGAACCAACAACAAUUAAGCAAAAAAACUAAAAAAAAAAAACGUUCUUAAAAUCUUAAUAUAAGUAUGGUUUUUAUUAAAUUAAUUUAAAUGCAAAUUUUUACUGUUUCGUAACUUUAAAAUUGAGUUAAAAACAAACAAAAACAAAAACACACUAUUUUAUAUAGUUAUAUUAAUACAUUAUUAAUUAUGUUUAUAAUAUAUUAUUGAUUUUAAAAGUAAAUUUUUAAAAGAAAGCAAUCAAGUUUUUAGAACAACAAUCAAUGAAUGAGAUAUAUAUAUAAUUAUAUUGAUAUUUAUAUAUAUACAUAUAUAUAUAUAUAUAUAUAUGUAUGUCUCACAUAUAUAUGCAAAGUUUUUCAUUUUGUUUUAUUUUGUUGUACUUUCUGUUUUCUUUUUUGUUUAAGUUUUUGCGGUGCCUCGAGACUCACAAAACAGACGCGACAACUAAUAGUGCAUUAGUAGUUUUUAAACAAGUUCAAAUUAAAAACAAAAACAAAAAAUAAAAAAAUCGAAAAAACGCAGCAAUAAAAACAAAAACAACUCACCUCCUCCAACCGCCCCCGUCUUCUCCCAGCCCACACAAAACGUAGCAAUUAAUAAAAAAGUUAACUCGCCUCCUAAAACCAAACACGUCUUCUCCCUGCCCUCGCACAAAGCGAAAUCAACAAUUUACAUACAUUGUACAUAUAUCGGAAAUAUACAUACAUAUACAUAUAUAUAUACAUAUAUUUUUAAUAUGCCAAAAAGCAAAGCGAAAAAUCAAGUUAUAGUCAAUAAGCCGAAAUUCGUAUUAAAAACAUAAACAAAAAAAAAAAAAAAAAGAAAAACAACAAAUGCAAUAAACUAAUUGUAAGUCGUUGAUGACACGCAGCAAAUGGGCAGCACUAUUGUGCCUAAAUUGGCAGCACUUUGGCGUUAGCGAAACGAAAAUCAAGCAAAACGUAAUCGAAGCAAAGCGAAGCGAAGCAAAGCAAAGCGCAGCGAAAACUCAAAAAUCAAAGCGAAAAACGUAACGAAAAACAAACUAAGAAAACGGUAAGCAAAAUGCAAAAAUUUAAUAAACAUAUAUAUAUAUAGUUAUAUAAUGUACUUAUACAAUAUGUGGUUCUGGGGAAACAAAGCAUUAACUUUCAAAAAUGAAACCAUAACGUUUAAUGAUAGUCAAAUUUUAAGUUACCACUUAACAACACUGCAAAACUCCGAGUUCGGCUAGACGAAUUUUCAAAAAAUACCCUUGCAGGCGGGCUUGUAACAAAUUGCUCCUAUGGCAGCUACUUAUAUAUACUAUAUAUAAAUACAGAUAUAGUAUUCGUGAUUCUCAAUUCGGAAAGGCAAUUCAUAACUAGAUAUACAUAUUUCAACUUAACGACCAGUAGUUACACUAUCGAUAACCGAUCUGUUUCUUUUAGAAACUGUUACGUAAGGCGUGACAAACCAGACAUAACCUCUGCAAGGGUAUCGCAAAUCGAGAAAAUUAACAACAUGAAAUAUCGUAGUGCGCAAUUUUAUUGUGCAAUAUGUGCAACAUUAAUUCUAAUUAUUAUUAAUUAUACUUGCCCAUAUAUACAUGCAUGCACAUGUGUGUAUGUGUGUAUGUAUGUGCAUAUGUAUUGUUAAAAUUUCCGACGCUGUAAAUAAAAAGCAACUUUACGAACACAAUUACAUACACACACACACACAAGCGCGUACGUAGACGCAUACACACGUACAUUUGCAUAUGUAUAUCGAUAAAUAUAUAUACAUACACAUAUACAUACAAUAUAUAAAUAUAUAUAUAUAUAUAUUUUUAUAUAUAUACAACUAAAAGAAAAACCAUGAAUUAUAGUUAAAUUUUUUCAAAACUGCAACAACAACAAAACAACAAGCAGCAAUCUUGCAAUAAAUAUUACAAAUAAUAAAUUUAAAAAUCAUUAAAAAAUAAAGAAAAUACAACAAAAAGAAAAAAAAACAAACAACAAGAGGAAACGAAAAUGCGCCUAGACGAUUUAAGAAGCGAAACAUAGUUAAUAAUUAUAUUUUGUUAAGCGUUAUUGUAGUGCAAAAUAUAAGCAAAACGAACCGUAAAAAACCAACAGAAUUAAGUUUUAAGCUCGACAAAAAAAAAAAACAAAAAAAAAAGGAAAGAAAACGAGAAACAGCAACAGCAAAAUCAACAAUUGAUAACAAAACGAAA